UUUAGGGAGUUUUUCGCUGGGCAAGGGCACAUGUCCGCAUUGUUCUGACAUAAAAUUCCCCAGAUCCUUGUUUCCGGAAUAAUCCGAGUUGAUAUGUAGUGAAAACAAAAUCGUUCCGUAAUUAUUUCAGCUAAAAUUGGCCUUUUCAAUAAAAAUGAUGCAUUGAAAUGUAAAAUGUAUUAAAUUUAACAGUUGCGAAUAUGAACGUGUAUAAUUCUAUGUCUGGCAUGACAGAUAUUGGUAUGGUUUGGAUGGGAUCACCGCCGGCAACCGGAGAAGUUCCCGUUGGAAUCUUACCACCUGAUUCGAACGAAAUGCUUUUGGAUCAAACCGAAAACAUGUACUACACUCCAUCCCACCACAGCAUGUCCAGCCAAUCUAUGGACGAUAUGCACAGCACCAUGCAAAGUUCCCACAUGGAUACUGGAGAAAGCUUUGACAUGAUGCACUUUAUUGACAUGAAAACUGAGCAAAGCAACGAUUCAAGUUACAUGGAAGAUGAUAAUUCGGCGCCUGUGUAUAUGAUUACCACAGCCACACAGACAUUACCAUAUUCCACUGGAAAAAUUAAGCCUGUAAAACAUCCGGGACUUGUGUUGAAAACUCCCAUUGCGUAUCAAGGGAACACUGAUCUAUCAGUUAUUCCCAUUCAGAAAGAUGGAAUUGCGGUGUGCGAAAAAUGUGGAGCAAUAGGCGUCAAACAUGCUUUUUAUACGAAGGAAAGAAGAUUCUGUUCCCUGGCGUGUGCUAGAGGAUAUAGCGGCUUUGUACCUGAAUCAAUGCAAUCAUUGCCACAAUCACAGCCACAAUUUAAGAACCUUUACGCUAAAUAUCGUUAUAUGAUGAUGGAUAAGAGUGACAACGAGGACGACGACGACGAUGACUAUUCAGAUUGUUAUAUCGACCCCAGACUGCCUCAACUCGAGAAAUAUUCUCCAAUAUUGGAUGGUUCUGCAUUAAGUGUUAGAAAAAAAACCUCUCAAUUGAAUUCUUUCAGCUGGGAUGCGCAACUUAGUGAUAGAUAUUUUGUUGCUGCUCCUGUAACUUGUUUUAAGCAUGCUCCCAUGGCAGAUAUUUGGGAGAAUAUCAUGGUUGGAAUGAAGGUCGAAGUGGAGAAUACAGACUGCGGUAAUACAGACACAUUCAACGACUCGUUUUGGGUGGCCACCGUCAUGAGAAUCGUUGGGUAUAAGGCACAACUUAGAUAUGAAGGAUUUGGAGCCAAUGACUCAAAGGAUUUUUGGGUCAGCUUGUGUUCAAAUCAAGUUCAUCCGGUAGGUUGGUGCGCCACUAGAGGAAAACCGCUUAUACCUCCAAAAACCAUAGAAAAUAAGUACAGCGAUUGGAAAGAUUUUCUGAGUAAACGAUUAACUGGUUCUAGAACACUGCCGUCAAACUAUAGCAAUAAAACCAUCGAAAGCCUUAUAUCCAGAUUCGAUGUUGGCCUUAACCUAGAGGUAGUUGACAAAAACCAUAUAUCUCAAGUAAAAGUAGCUACUAUUCAUAAAAUAGUUGGUAAACGACUCAACGUUAAGUACUCUGAUAUGCCUCAUGAUGACGCCGGAUUUUGGUGUCAUGAAGAUUCUCCACUUUUGCACCCAGUCGGGUGGGCCAAAAAGGUCGGGCACCAUUUGAUAGCUCCCAUUAACUAUUUAGAGCGAGUAAAUCAAGAUAUAUUUGACGAUGAAGAUGCAACUGAAUACUUCUUUAAUCCCAUACAAAUUGGAUCGCAGAAUUACCACUCAUCAGGUAGAAGCAUGUUCCAACUAGUUUCAUUAUCUAUUGCCCUAUUUAUUAUAAUAAUAUUAACUUUAGGAUUUGCUGCCGGGAUGAAACUUGAAGCGAUUGACCCAUUAAAUCUUUCGUCGAUAUGUGUAGCCACAGUGAUGGAUGUGCUUAACUAUGGCUAUAUUAUGAUUCGAAUAGAUACUUACGAGUCAGACCUUUCAGGUGCCGAUUGGUUUUGUUAUCACGUCAAAUCGCCAUGUAUAUUCCCAGUUGGAUUUUGCAAUAAGCACAACAUUCCUUUGACACCGCCAAAAGGCUAUGAUCAGGCAACAUUUGAGUGGAAUUCGUAUCUCUCGGAAGUGGGAAAAGUUCCUGCAGAUCCGUCUUUGUUCAACACGUAUGUGCCGCUGCAUGGAUUCGUGCCGGGCAUGAAAAUCGAAGCUGCAGACUUGAUGGAUCCUCGACUAGUUUGCAUUGCAACCGUCAGUAAAGUUGUUGGCCGAUUACUCAAAAUUCAUUUUGAUGGGUGGGAAGAUGAAUUCGAUCAAUGGCUGGAUUGUGAGAGUUCAGAUAUCUACCCAGUGGGUUGGUGUCAGAGCGUUGGUCAUAAGUUGGAAGGACCGCCUGUUCAAAAUAAGCCAAAUACGUCUCAAGUUAAAAGCCCUAAAGGUAAAAUACUCGAACCAGUAAAACGAAAAUAUCGCAAAAAGAAGAACAAAGAAGGAUCAAAGGCCAGUUCAUUUGGAAGCUCAUCCACUUCACAUUCUACUAAAAUUUCCAAGAGCUUUCAGACUGAACCUUAUGAGUUUGGCGAGGACGAGGAGCCGUUUAAUGACGAGGACGCUGAGAAAGAGGACGGGGAUGACCAGUCAAUAAACAUGGACUCAAAAAGUGUUGAUAGCGAGGAUAAUCCAGGUCCAGAAACCGGUCAAGAACCGGAAGGACCCGAUCAAAGCCUGCCCGUUCCCAGUAGUGAAUGUCAAGUAGCUCAGAAUAACAUUCAAAUUAGAAGCGAACCACCAAAACCUCCAUCCGAAAGAAAACCUUCAGCUCACGUUUCUACUAAUUCAAAUCCCAAACUAAUUCCUAGAUUAGUAGACAGCUCAAAUUGUACAAAUGAGUCAAACGCCGAAUUAUGCCCCAAUGAGUGGAAUGUAUUCGAUGUGGCCCAAUUUUUGAGGGUGAACGAUUGUGCCAAUUAUUGCGAUGCAUUCAGUAAACAGAAAAUCAAUGGAAAAUUGCUUUUGAAUCUCAACAAAGAGGAUAUUUUGGAGUACACUGGUGGCAAAGUGGGCCCCAGCUUGAAAAUAUUCGACCUCAUUCAGCAGCUAAAAAUCAAAGUAAAGCCGGCGCAACUGCGCCAAUUCAAUCUGAAGUCCCACAUUAAAAAAGUUUUAUAGUGCCUGCACAGUUAAUUAGGUAGACUCAUCAUUGAGCAAUCUAGCUCCAUGCUGGCCUUGAAUAUACGCUUUGUCAGUUUAAAAUAUGGUUCGGACAACCUCAAUUCAAGCUUGAAUUUUUAAGGGUUUGUUGCUGCCUGCCAACAUUUAUUUACAUACAUUUUAUGACUGUUAAUGAGUAUUAUUGAGCAUUUUAUUUCAGUUGAUGAUUAACCCCUAUAAGAAGGGUUUGAUUUUAAAAAGCAGUCAUAAAGUAAAGUAUAUGUACAUAGAUACUUAAGCAGACAGGACACAGGUCGAUUCUGUUCAUUGGCGUCAUUCAUUUUAGGAUGUAAAAAAUCAAACCAGUGUAUGAGUAAAAUUCACUGAUUUAUCAUUCAUCAUCAUCAAUCAGAUUGUUGGUGAAUUUUAUUGAUUGGGCAUUUAUCAUUUUUUCAAUCAAAUUGUUGUUAUGCAAAAAUCUUAAUUUUUUUGAGAGAAUUAUUAUACUCCCAUUGGUUCUGUACUGCCCCACACAAAUAACUGACGCCAAUUUGAAGUCACCUUGUAAACGAUGUAAAUAGGAGAUUACUUUAGACAGUUUUUAAGAGUAUUUUAACAGAAUCUUACAACAAGAAUGCCAGUGAUGGGUAUAACUAUAUACUUGAAUUGUGUACACUCUAAUCAGUAUCUCGAUAUGUUUAAUUGAAACAGUCUAAUAUGAAAAGUAAUAAAUGAGCAUUCAUUUUGAAGCAAAUGCAGAAUGGAAUAAAUUCUUCUCUUCACUGAAACUUAACCAAAAGUAUU